AUGGAGGCCAGGACAUUAACCAGACCAGCCGCCACGCUGGCGGCUCUCCUCCGCCAACAAGCCGCCACCACCACCACCGUCUCCGCCGUCCCCCGACGAGGCCACAAGACCUUCUCCCGCACGAAGCGCGCCCUCAACAUCCCUCCCCAUCCCGACUUCCUCCCCUCGACCCCGGCCGCCGGCGACACAAUCAUCUUCAACCCGCCCUCGGCCGCCCCCUCCGUCUACCACACCCCCUUCAAGUUCCUCCCGGCCUCCGACCCCCGCCGCCGCGCAAACCUCUCGGCCCUCUUCGCAUCAUCAUCAUCAUCACAAGCAGCAGCCGCCGCCUCCUCAUCCUCAUCAACAGCAGCAGCAGCAGCAGCAAGACCACUCCUCCCCCCGGCCCUCAACGUCCCCUCCCGCGGCUCCAACCCGCGCUACCACCUCUCCAAGGAGGACGUCGCCGAGAUCCGCCGCCUCCGCGCCGAGGACCCCGACUUUUGGAGCGUGUCCGCCCUCGCGCGCAAGUUUGACUGCUCAGAGACCUUCAUCACCAUCUGCACGCCCGCGCCCCGCGAGCAUAAGGAGCGCUUGGCGCGCAAGCUCGAGGCCGUGAAGGGUCGUUGGGGUGGUAUCCGCACAAAGGCCCGCGAGGACCGCUCGCGCCGAAAGGAGAUGCUCUUCCGGGGCGAGUUGUAA